AUGAGUUCUUCAAAGGAGACGAGGGUGGAUGCUAUAGAAGCUUCUGAUUCAAGAAAAGAUUGGUUGGUAGAUUCUGGUGAUGCAAUCCAAGUCUCACCAGCUACUUUGCAUGAUGGUCAACUCAAUUAUGUAGUGGGGUCCCAUGUUUGGGUAGAGGACCCUGAUUUAGCUUGGAUAGAUGGAGAAAUCCAGGAAUCUAACAAAAAUGGUGUUACCAUUCGCUUUGAAUCGGGCACGAGGGUUGUGAGCAAAUCAGUUACCAUGUAUCCCAAAGAUCCAGAAUUCCCACAUAAUGGUGUGAAAGAUAUGACAAGACUGGCAUAUCUGCAUGAACCAGGAGUUCUUCAUAAUUUGCAAAUUCGAUAUUCGGCAAAUGACAUUUAUGUUACCUCAUUUGAGUGA